AUACCGAUCACUGUUCAACUUUAACCCGGAAAUACCACUGUUUUCACCAGUGUUGUUCUUCAGUUUCUCACUUCGGUAAAUGUUUAAACAGCGAAAUAUAUAGGCGAUAUAUAUUUUCAGCGGGUAUCUGCUAUGUUUCAGAUAUUUAGUCUAUUGGAUAUAGAUGUUGUUUUAUAAUGGUUUGGGCAUAAACAUCAAAGCAAAACAUUAAAAGUUGCGUCUCGAAAGGCCAUAGGUAGUAGUUGGCUCCAUGGUCCUGUAACUGAAGCUUGUCAACUCCAGCCAAACGGCAAAUUAUCUGAUCAGCAAACAUGGACAGCGAGGUGCAACGUGAUGGAAGAGUCCUUGAUCUUACCGACGAUGCGUGGCGAGAAGAUCGCCUUCCGUAUGAGGAUGUUAAAAUCCCGCUGAGUGAACUCCCAGAGGCUGAGCAAGAUAACGGAGGAUCAACCGAGUCCGUCAAGGAACAGGAGAUGAAGUGGACAGAUCUGGCGCUGCAAAGCCUUCAUAUUUAACACACACACGCAGGCUUUCAAAGAGAGUGCAUAGACCACUUAUCCAAAGAUGAAGAAGAUUGUUAAGAAAAGCGGACUCUGUAAUAUCCUCAUGCGUACGUCUCCAGAGAAGACUCCUGCUCGCAUAGAGAUCAGUAUUUGUCAGUGCAUGUUGGCCCAGAUUUUACAAAUGCCCAAAUAAACAUUUGAAAGAAAUAUUAA